GGCUCACGUCUGUCAUGGGUUUGUUGAACUCGAGAGUGGCCAGGAAGUCAACGAAAGCAUGUGAUCUUGAUGAGGAGUUUCACAUGGUUUCAAACAUAUUUUGAUACUACUUUUUUUUUAUCCGUGCAUGCUUGCUUUCUCAGGUAUUCUUGUCUGCUGUUCUUGAGGAGUGUACAUGUACAUUUAAUUUAUGCGGUCAAGCAAUUUUCUAGGAAAUGGUUUUCUACAGAGUAGAAUUUACAUGCAACACCUUUUGUGAUUUUUUUCCCCAAUGCUGGCCUAAAUUGUAAAUACAUGUUCAUUCUAUUUGUUUUGUCAAGUAAAAAGAAAUCACAGACACCCAGUCAUGCCUCAAGAAAACAAUUGUGCUUUUGAGCUAUUUAUUCCUACAGUAAACCGGGUAAAUUUGAAGUAAGAUAUAAAACGGAGACCCCCCUUUUAUGUUGGUCAUUGUUUUGCUGGAAUCUCAGGAAUUCUUUUCAGGCAUCUAGGGGAAUGUGUUAGGUAACAAUAGUUUAGAGUGUGUUUAGGGAUCGGACAUGUAUCGGUGGGGGGGUAUCCCUCUAUCCCAUAUCUUGCCGGGUACCGGUAUACUGGUAUGUGCUAUACAUGUGUAUUGCAAAAUUGUCAAGUAAAUCAUGUGUACUGUAUUUUUGGCUGAGUACAAGCCAGGCUUUAAAACGAAAGCCACAGGAACAUUGUAUAGUACACGCAUUCACAUCACGUGUAACUGUGUUUGAGGAGUCUUUCUGGAAUUUUUUUUUCUUUACCAACAUGUAUUACUUGAAAUAUGUGGAGUUACCCAUCAGGCGGCUUGAAACAGAUUCUGGGGAAUCCCCUAGUGUGCAAUGAUGGCAGUAGCCUCCUUGGGAAUGGCAUAGCACUGAGGGGUGCGCCCUGCUUGAAAAUGCAAAUUGUGUUGCCAAUGGUAGCAGAGGAUUUCCCAUUGAAUGUACAUACAAAGGCAGAGCCAAGUGCAAGCCAAUGAGUCAGUUCAGUGGACCGUGUAAAGUACUAAGUACAAAUGGAACUAUGCACAUUGUACUAGUAAAUGGAGUAAAGUACAGUUUGAGUGUGCCUUGCUGAGUCAUAUUUGUAACUUUACAAUGGAUAAUGGAGUAGACUCCAUGUCCGUGCGACCACACCCAAUGACCCCACCCACCCUGCGUCAUCUUGUACCCCGCCCACCUCAUCACCACCUACACGCAUGGAUCCUCACUGGCAGCCUGGAGACUCUCUGAGGUCGGUGCCUCCCUCCUCCUCUAGCCUCCCCAAGAUGGACGAGGACAAUAACUACCUGCAGUGCCUGCCGCAACAGCAGCUGGAAAAUAUGAGUGUGCAAGACAUUCUCAGCAGAGACUAUGAACACAACGGCUUCCUCUACAAACGGGCCCAAGAGAAGAUGACCGACCAAAUCACGGAAUUCAUCAGCCCGUCACUCCUGUCCAAGUGGCAACUCCGCUAUGUCAUCCUGUACCACGAGUACGUGCUUUACUACAAGAACGAGAGGUGUACCCGUCCCAAAGGGGUGUUCUCGCUCAGGGGAUACAACAGAGUUCUCAGGGCUGAGGACAUGACCUCGGCCAAUCAGCAGUGGGCGUUCAAAAUAAUCGGGCUAAGGUCGGACGACAGAACGUGGUACUUCGGGGCUGCCUCUGAACGAGAGAUGAGGCUAUGGAUGGCCUAUUUCAAAGUUACCAUGGAGAAAGCUAUACACGGCAAAGCAAGGGACAAGUCCCUGAAGAUUCUGAAAGACCUGAAGUACCGUGAGACAAAGUUCCUGCAGGGCGGCAACGACCAGGCCAGCGCAUCCGCCACCAACUUUGAGCCGGGGAUCUACGAGGACAUCGAAGAACCCUUAGAGGAGGCGGAUUACCUGCCGCCCAAGCCAGGCCCUUCCGUUCUUAGACAGUUGCCACCACCGCCUCGCAAUGAAUCACUGGACAGAGGAGGUUUUAUGACCAAGAGGGGUCCGUUACCAGUCCCGCCCCCGAGACCGGAUCCAAUCCAUAGAGAGUCGGCCCUCUCCACGGCCUCUACCGAAAGCGAAGAUUACAUCCUACCACAGGAGGCCGACGCUCUGAAGCUCGAAGAGUUCCGUAGCCAAUGCGGACAGCAGAACCAAUUUGGAGACAUGAGCCCCCCAAGACAGCUGCCAAGUCGGCCAUGCGUCUUGCCCCCUCCGCCAAACAACAACAAACUGAGGCAAGGCCCAGAGGGAAACAGUUUCAGGAAGAAGCCCUUUGUGGAAGCACCUCCAACCACAGUGGAUGUUAAGGACAUGAGGGCAGCUUUGAAACCAACUGUUCCCCAUAAGCCUAAGAUAAGUGCCAAGCCCACCCCGCCUGCCAAACCAGAAACACCAUUAAAGCCAAAGCCAGCAGUCAGGUCGCCGGUUUCAAAGGAACCACCGGUCAGGCAUUCAGGGGUACAGGAACCGGCUACGCGAAACCUUCUCCCAGCAUCAUGCAUCUUUAACUCAUCAGACAAACGAGAAGCUGAAAGGAUGCUGUGCCAGUACUGUGUCGACGGAAUGUACCUGCUGCGAUUGAGUGCCGGCCCGGGAAAGGUCUUAAUGGUUUAUCACAAGAGCCUGGAUCAGUGCAAGCAUUACAAAGUCUUUGGCAAUGAGGUGAAUACAUUCUCUCUCACCACGGAGCCAAUUUUUUCAAACAUGCAGGAACUGUUGCAACACUACUCAGACUUCCCACUGCCAAACACAACCGUAAGACUAACGCAACCAUACCUGGGCAUGCAAUGAAAAUAAGACCAUUACCGGCUUCCGUUUCGGAGAGGUGGUAUGAGACAUUGUCAGAGCCAGAAGCCUGGGACUUGAGUGGAUGGGAAGGAAAAGGCUAAACUUACGUGAACAUUGCGAGCAAGGAAACCCCUCCUGUGAAAGGGGUUGGCACUCUAAAGUUAAACGACUCAGCACGAGUGGAUGCCUACCGCAAUGUUUUGACCAACUCUGUAAACGGGAGUUACUCUCAACUGACGGGUCUCAACAUCCCAGCUGCCAGACGGAGUGAGCCACCCUCGACCUCAUUGAGUAUUUUGCUUGGAUUCAUGGAGGCCACAGACAGCAAGGAUGACUGCUUGUGAUCUGUUUGGCUAGCUCGCCAGCUUCAGAAGUCGCCCUAACUUAAGAGAUCCAGGGAGGUGAUAUACAUAAAGUUUCCACCAGGCACAGAGGCGCUCAACGCCCGGUAGCUCUGUGCAAAUACCACAAAUUCCAUGGACAGCCACUCCUGGCUGAACCCAUCUCAGUCUGGCUCAAAAUACCUCCAGUUUUCAGAGCUUCAAUCCCGUUUGUGAUGAGUCCAACUAGAUCCACAGAUGCACACGGCAACCUUUACUGGAGGAGAUGCCUAGCUACGAGGUAUCUCUGUUUGGCAGGAUCAAAGACAGUAGCAGGUCUGGGGAGAGAGGGCUGGUAGAAUUUUUGAAAAUAUUUUGGAGGAAGUGAAAGUGCCAACAUUUAAAAGUAACAGUGCCUUUCUUAGGAAGAGGAAAGCCUCACAACCCUAACCCCAAUCUCACAAGACUACUCAAGGUUAAUGAUAUUGAUACCCGCAGUCUCGCACCUAUGCAAAUAGAGAGCUUCCAGUGAGAGAUUCCGAAAUGGUGGUGUUGGUUAUCGUUGGCAUCUGAACAGCCAAGAAACAGUGUAUUAAGACAAAGGAGCAUGUAGUCACCUGGACAUUUGGAUGUUAACCUUUUACACAAGGUCAGUCAGGGUGCAUCUGAGAAUUUCUGCUCAGGAGAGCUCAAAUCUCAGUUUAUAAAAGUUGUCCCAUUUGGCUAAGGAACAGGUUGGGCAGCAAACAGUCACCGUGGUUUCAUACUGAAAUAAUGUGGUAUUAAUUGCAUUCAUUUCUUUGAAAUGAUCAAUGCAGAUUGUAUCCAGGAUCUUCCAAGCUAUGGUGAGUUAGCAUUCCAAAUCACUUGUGGUCAGUCGAUCAUUGUUUUUUAAGCAUGGGGGGUUUUCCCCGUGUGAUAUUUGAAGUCACACAAAAUAAUUGUCACAUUUACGUUUGAUAUUUAAAGAAAUGCUAUUGUUUUGUAGCAGCAGAAUAUUUUCGGUAGUAUAUUUACUCGAAUUAUUUUUUUUAAUGGAAAUGAUUGAAAUUUGCUAUUUGUAAAUAAUUUGGCCUAUGCAAACAAAUAAUGGUAAUUUAAGAUGUAGAUAUUGCAAAGGAAUGUUGAUAUUCUGAGUAAGAGAUAUACGAAUACGAAUUAAAUGUGAGGUUUGCAAAACAUACAACUCGGGUUGCAGAGAGCGAAGUUCCAAUUGCAGGGUUUCCUUUCCAACCCUGAGGAACUUGUUCAACUGUAUUUUCCACCCCAUCCAAAUUUCUCAGAACGGACGAACUCUAUCUCAACGUUUGGGUCCUUAAAUGUUGUCCACAUCAUAAGGAUAACUAGUUUCAAUUCUCUAUCAAAAAACGGCAGUCGACUUGUGUCCCACAUCCAUGCGCACACAUACUUACUAACAUUUCCCGGCUGCCCCUUGUUAGCGAGUUUACAGUGUGCCUCAUUCAAAUAAGUACUUAAGUUCAAGUGUUACACAGGGUACAUGUUAGCGAUAAGUUGUGACCGUAAAUUGAAUAGGUGACUUAAGCAUGUGUAAGCGACAACUCUCUUUUUUUUAAAAGAAUGAUUUAAGCUGUUUUUUCUUUGGGGGUUGAUGUUCUCUAUCUGAAUUGCAUUUGUUUUCAAACUUCUUAGUUACAUUUGAAUCAACUGACAACUUUGUUGGUUAGAAUGUGGAAUGCACUUUCCAAGUCGUGCCAACGGGGCCUACUUAUUCCGCACUCCUUUGUCUUUCCAAUAACCAGAUCAAAGUGUUUUAUAUUUUCAGUAGAUUUAGCGGUGUUCCAUGCCUACAUGUACAUCGUGCACGGACAGUGUGCAAUAAUGGUCGCUUUUAUGUACAGAAGAGCUUGGAUGCAUUCGUGUCUGUGUGUAUUUUAAUGUUCGCAGACAUCGCGGAGUAUAUUGUCUUCCAGAUAAGUGCGAAUCGAUGGGAAUUGUGUAUAUAGCUGAACUUGCCUCAGUGUAAAAUAAAAAAGAUAGAAAAUGUA